CUAAACGAACUAACGCUCUAUAUCUGACAUUUUUAAUAUUUUUAGUUUUAAAUAAAUUAAGCCUGGAUAGCAUUGUUGUAGAGUACUACUAGAACGAAUGUCAGGUGAAUUAUUAAAAGAUAAUUUCUAUUUGAGAUAUUACUCCGGUCAUUCAGGUAAAUAUGGACAUGAAUUCUUAGAGUUCGAGUACACCCGUGGUAGACUGAGAUACGCGAACAACAGCAACUACAGGAAUGAUGAAUUAAUUAGGAAGGAAAUCUGGUUGAACGAUUUACUAGCUCUCGAGAUCAAGAAACUAAUCAAGGAAUCUGAGAUUAUAAAGGAGAACGACGUCAACUGGCCAAAAAGGGAUAUAAACGGUAGACAAGAGUUGGAGAUUAGACUGGAGGAUGAGCAUAUCUCCUUUGAAACUUCCAAAAUAGGUUCUCUCGUUGAUGUACAAGAUAGCGACGAUCCACAAGGACUGAGAGUGUUUUAUUACUUGAUACAAGAUAUAAAAUGUCUGAUAUUUAGUUUAAUCUCUUUACACUUUAAAAUAAAACCUAUUACAUAACGAUAAUGAAUAAAUUUAAUAAAAAUAUUUUUAAUAAUUUACAAUCAAUUAAAGAAAUAUUAGGAAAGGUAGAUGAAGCUGAUAUAACCGCAUUACCAAAUGACUACAUCGAAUUAGAAGUUAAAUUGGAUAAAUUAGAGAUUGUGAUAAAAAACUUACUUAAAGUUAUUAAAAAUCCUUUCUUAUUUAACUUACAAGAACAAUCUGAUGCUUUAUGGAGUAAAAUUACUCAACAGACGAACAACCAUCAGUCUACCACACACUCCCAUUCUAUAUCCAGAGUUGCAGCAACUUCCGCCUUGGAAUUCGGUGAAUUAGACCCUCUUGGUUUGGCCCUCACAAAGUUUGCAGAAGCACACGACAAGAUUGGCAGUGCUCAACUCGUUCAAGAUAACGAUAUUCUUAUUAGCUUCUUGCAACCUUGGCAAACUACUCUAGACACCUCGAUCCAGUUGGCUAAGAACGCUAGGAAUACUGUUAAACAAUCCAGAUUAUGGCUAGACAGCUGCAAACAAUCAUUGAAGUCUGCUUCUCCUCAGAAAGUUGAACAAGCAAGACUUGAAAUGGAGAGCGCAGAGGAUAAGUUAGUUACACAAACCGAAACUGCCCUCACUUUGAUGAAGAACGUCCUGGAGAACCCUGAACCAUUGACUUCACUCAAUAACCUCGUUAAAGCUCAGUUAUCAUACCAUCAGGCAUCCGUCGACGCCUUGAAAUCUAUUCAAACCGAUCUCGAUAACGUACAAAGAUCUGCUCAAGAUGAGUACAAGAAAUCAAGAGACGCAUAAUCUCCCACCUUCUGUUCCUCGUUUUUAUUUCAUACAUGACUUUUCUU